UUCAUCAUUCUUCAACUCAAUCGCAAAGCCCCUUUUACCAUGACCAAGCCGAGCACCAAGGUUGCCAUCUAUGGAGCCACCGGCGAGUCUGGCGGGCUUAUCAUUAAUGCCUUGCUUGAGUCGGAAGAUGCCCAAUUCGAUGUGACGGCCCUGGCUCGGGGGUCAGGCGACAAGCCAGGGUACCAGGCUCUGGCCAGCCGCGGAGUCAAGAUUGCCACAACAGACCUCAAUGACGCAGUGGGAGUGAUUGCCAAGAGCCUCGAGUCCAUUGACGUUGUCAUUGCUGCAGUUCCUCCACACGUUAUUGAAACCCAAAUCCCUCUUGCCCGCGCUGCAAAGUUGGCUGGCGUGAAGCGAUUUGUCCCUAGUUCUUUCGCCAUGGCACUCGCACCUGGUGGUGUCGCAACUGUGCAAGAUUCAAGAGAAAAGGUCUUGGCUGAGAUCAAGAGCCUGGACCUACCAUACACAGUCAUUGAGGUCGGCUGGUGGCAUUUUGGCCUCAUCCCUAAACUCCCCUCUGGUCGCACGGAUUGGGCCAUAGCCCUGCCCGAUUUCAUCGUCAACAUGAUUCCAGGUGACGGUAAUAUGAAGACCUGCCUGGUGGAUAAUCUAGACGUGGGACGACUUGUUGCCAAGAUCAUUGUCGACGACAGGGCGCUUAACCAAAAGGUCAUGGCUAAUGGGGAUGUCCUGACGUUCAACGAGGCGUUUGACCUGGUUGAGCAAUUGACCGGUGAGAAGCCCGAAAGAAAAUACUGGUCUGCUGAACAGCUGGAUGCGACUAUCGAGCAACUGCAGGCGGCCACUCAAGACGGGCAGGUAGACUAUGUAACUCUGGUCGGACGAUUCUGGCUUGAAUACUACUACUCAUCUUUCAUCGACGGAGACAACAGUCCGGAAGGCGUCGAACGCUUGGGUUUCAUUUGGGCAAAGGAUCUGUAUCCUGAGUUCAAGCCAACCUCGUUCAAGCAGUUUUUCCAGGACAUUCUCGAUAAGAAGAGGACUCUGCCGUACGCUGGCAGGUCCUGA